AGAGAACGUUUUGCCAGCGAAUAUCACAGCAAUGCUCCCUCCAAUAAAGCUUCGCAUUCUCGCUUUUCAGGAGGGACUUUACCAUCUUUGAUCCGAGUAUCAUCAUGUCCAAAUAUCAUUAGCGGAGAACGUAUGCCUGUGAAUGUGGUGCGGGCUGAAAUGACGUCGGAGGUUCGGCAAGAGGAUCUGCUGGAGAGGUUCCCUUACCUGCGUCUUAUCCAGCCUUCUAGACCAGACCAAUACGUGGAAAUUGAAGCGGUUCAAGAAAGUGAGCACGAACAGAAAAGAGCUGCCUAUAUGGAGAGAAGCAAGAAUUUUCACUUAUGCUUGAAAGAGCUCGGACUGGCUGAUCGACUCCCUGGAAGGAUUUACGACGAUAUGACACAUAUUACCGAUGGCCUCCCUCUAGAGAGACAGCGUGAUAUUCUGCGUGCUCGGCUCGCGCUUGUCAACCAACACUUGCUUUACGAACGCAGUUGCCGUCUUCUUCAUGCGAACCGGAAUAGAAGGCUUUUUGGCAGGAUUAAACUGCAAAAGGUUGCUGAAGCUGAAUUGGAACACCUGAAAGAAAAGCUUCUCGCUGUCGAUGUUGAAAGG